GAAAAUUUGUCGAUAGAAAAAGAUGAUAACUCGGACAAUACACAUUCCAGCGAUUCAAGCAUUCACACCAACAUAUUACUUCGCGAUAUUGCAUGUUCAAUACCCGAAAAUGUGUCUGACGAGGACUUUGUGCCAUUGAAAUCUGUCUCUAGUGGGUUCAAUGAGGUGUCGCCGUCAAAAGCACUUGUUUUAACAUCUCCAAGAAUAUCUGCUGAUAAGGAUGAGGGUCGUACCUAUUUUGAGAGAACCUCUCCUUUAUAUAAUAUUCAACACGGCAAUCUACCGGUAAAAAUAACUAGAGAACAGAGUGAGGCAACUCCUACAGUAUCGCUUAUACCUUCCCAGAUAGAUAAUUCUGUAGCUCAAAAUAGAAUAAUAAUGAACAAAGAAAAUAAUGACCUGAACAAGAAACAGCCUUUUAUAGUUGAAAGCUCUCAUCAUGUCCAAGAAAUACCCUCGGAAGACAUUGCACGAACAUCGAAUGUCAUAGCCGAUAGCCAAAUUUCCACGACCCCUUUGGCCUUGGGAGAAAGUUUGAUGGUCAAAUUUCAAGGAAAUGGGGAUGGAAAUACAGCAUCGUACCUACAUCAUUAUCAACGACAACUUAUGGAACAGCAAGAUCGUAUUAGAGAGCAGCAAAAGCCAUUCAAGAAAGGCAACAACAGCGUCUUGAGAAGUUAAAAGAAUUCCAAGAACGUCUACGACAGCAGAGAUCUAGAUUUGAAACAGAAAAAAGCAAACAAUGGCACUCUCUUAUUCCUCGUUAUUCUGCAGAUGUUGAACAAUCGUCAACUACUGAUCAUUCAUUGUCAUCUUUAGAGCUGAAUGAACCUGAUGGCAUGCCUGGUAUGAAACCCACUGAAAUUAACUCUCCUCCUUCUUUGACAAAAGAAAGAUCUGGGGGGCUAUCUUUGUCUUUCAGUGACAUUAAUAAUGAAGUAAAGCCCAAGCAAAAUGUUGGAUAUUUUGAAAGCAUUGGUAACGCCUCGCCUAAUCAACUCGGAGAACCUGGUACAGAAUCAAUGAUAAGAGUGUCUGAAGGUCAAUCUGAUAUUGCGUCGUCUUUCCCCCCAUCUUCUCUCAGUGCAUCGUCUUUCCCCCCAUCUUUUCUCAGUGGUACCGAACAAAGUGACAAAAAAUCAAUCUUUCUUAAAACCUCAGACCUUGGUCUAUGGAGUGAUAGUACGCCCCAAUUGACUUCUAGUGAUGCCACCAAAAGCUCUUCUACACCAACGGCAAAAUACAAGGCCAGCAUAGAAAUAUCUCAUGAAAAAAUGAGGAAUUUGGGUUCAAACUUCUCCAACAAGUACGAUAGCGUGAGUGAAAUGAACAGUCAUAGCUCAGCAAGUCAAAGUCAGUACUCUGGAAGCAAUUUUGAACAUGUAAAGUCAAAUGGUAGCAGUGGCUCCGACAGUAACAACAACAUAUUGUCACGAAUAGAAACUUCUUUUCCUCAUUUCCAAAUGAUGAUCAAUGAAGCAAAAUCUCUUCAUGAAAACCAUCGUCGGGAUUGUUCAACAAAUGAUACUGCUGAUGACGACAAUACGUUGAAAGAAAGUGAACAGAUUUCUUUAAGUGUAAACAAUGGGAAUAGCAGUAAAACUGGAAUGUCUGAAACCUUCCAACAUAAAUCGUUUGUAGGCAUUGAAAAUCUUCAUUAUGAUAGUAAAGCAGAUGAAGAGAGACGAGAAGUGAGUCAAGGUGAAGCUUCUGUUGCCUUAUUGGCAAACCAAGAAAUGAAAUUAAAUGAAUCACCAUCAGAAGAACCACAGUUUCCAUUGAACAAGGAUAUUCAAAACGAGCAUGACGACAAUGAAAUGUCUGGAAAGUCAUUAUCUGUGAUUCACGAAGAAACAUUUGUAAGUGAUGUUAACCUUUCCUAUCGAUGGCUUGAAAAAGAAGAUUUCAACGAAGAAAGACUAAAUUCUCGUGUAACUACGUAUUCUGUGGAGCCAGAGGACGACAGUCAUGAGUGCAGUGUGGAGCCUGGAGGUGACAAUGAUGAGUAUAUUUUGGAGCCUGGAAACGACAGUCAUGAGUAUAGUGUUGAACCUGGAGACGACAAUCAUGAGCAAUUGAAUAAUUCUCAGACGACAGAUGACUGCAAAAUUACAACAGCAUUCGAUAGCGGUAGCUUUCAAAAUGAAAAUGAAAGUUCUGUUACAUCUCAAAUGCAUUUUGAUACAAUGUCUGAAGACCGUCGACUUAUAAGUGACAAAAAAUCAGAAAUUCGUCAUUCACUUGAAAGUGGUUUAAUCGAAAAUAUGGCAUUUACCAAAGAAACUUCAUUAUUGACAGUGGAUUUUAAGGAUUCACAACAGUCAUUGCAGAGAAGUAGUGAAAAUUUUGAUGAUCAGGAGGAGAGUUUGUUUUUGUUUCAUGGUUUAGAGGGAAAGAAUGAACUAAAUAAGAAUACAGCAAACAAAGAUAGGCUGGUUGUAAACAUACCUACUGGUAAAACGAUGACUAGUUCUGAGGCUUCGAGAAGAGUGCACGUCGAUUUACCUUCAAAUGACCAUCGAGAUCGUAGUGAUCACGAAUUCUCAAAGUCGGUCAUUGACGAAGCAGUUUUAUCUGAAAUUUCAAGUUUAUCUCUGUUUCACUCCGAUGACUCCUCAAAUAGCUCUUUAACUCUUCAAAACGCUUUUCGUAAGAGCCGACCUAAAUUCAUAGAAAAUUCUUGUAGAAGAGCAUUAAAAGCAAAAGAAGCCAGAUACAAAAAAUACCAGACACCAGAAAUUGAAACAAAAGAUAAAUUAUCUCAAUUUCCUACUUCGUCCGAUUCACUUUCAAAAGAAAAUAUUCCAGAAAAAUACUCUACGAAAAAACAAUCAGACAUGCAUAAGAAAAUAAAAACGGACGAGAUGAAAAGGCGCACGAAAAGAUUAUAUGAAAAUUUACCAGAUAUCCAGCAAAAGGCUGUUGAAAAACGUCGUCAAGAGACCUACGCUUCCAAUCGAGCUAAAGCUCAGGAGUUUCAAAAGCAAACAAGAGAAAGGUUACGAAAGUUGAGUGCUAGAAAAACUGGAAAAGAAACAUGAACAUUCAUUUCGUCGUCAAAGUGUAUUUACAUUUGUACGUAUUCGAAUCCUUUAUGUUCUGUGUCUUUAUUUUGUUUUACUACCAUUGCCAUAAACAACUUCAUCCUCUCGUGUAUAAAUUAACACUUGCGAAGCAAACAAAUAUUUCCACUUAAUUUUACCCGAUUUUAUCAUCUAUUUCUUUAGAAAUAAGAGUUGAAAUACGUGCUAGUGGAAUUAUGACUCCUUAUAGCUUAGGUGUAGUGAUGAGUAUAGCCUAGAAUAUCGUCAUAGAUACAGCCUAGGUUAUAGUUUAUGUGUAUUUAAGGGUAUAGAGUGUAUUCAAUGUCCGCCUUUUUGGUAAUGAAGAAUUUAUGUCGUUUAUUAGCUUUAGGGCCUGUUGCCAAAAACUUAUCCUUUAGAUUAAAUUUUAUCCAUAGGAUAAAUCUCCUA